AUGCGCAAAACUAGUGUCCGCUGGAUGAAGAUUAUUGUGUCGAAAUGCAGUUAUUGUGCAACUAGCGUAAUCUCGCGGCGAAAAUCGAAUCGCAACCGUUCGACCAAACGUGACCCUCCCCUCGCCCUCGCUUUCCUUUCCCACGCUUCCGCUCUCUUUCGCCCGCGUCGUCGCCCUCGCUUCCGCAGCUCGUCGCGUGCCCGUCGCCUUCGCUCCGCCCGUCGCCUUCACUUCCCCCCCGUCGCCUUCACUCCCCCCCCUCCCCCCCCUCUUCCGUUGCCUUCAUUUCCCCCUCCCGUCGCCUUCACUUCCCCCUCUCGUCGCCUUCACUUCCCCCUCCCGUCGCCCUCACUUCCCCUCCCGUCGCCUUCAUUUCCCCCUCCCGUCGCCUUCACUUCCCCUCCCGUCGCCUUCAUUUCCCCCUCCCGUCGCCUUCAAUUCCCCUCCCGUCGCCUUCACUUCCCCUCCCGUCGCCUUCACUUCCCCUUCCCGUCGCCUUCACUUCCCCCUCCCGUCGCCUUCACUUCCCCCUCCCGUCGUCUUCACUUCUCCCCCCCGAUGCCUUCGAUUCCCCCUCCCGUCGCCUUCCACGCCUGCCGCACUCGCUUUCCCGCCCGUCACAUUCGCUUCCCCACCCGUCACCUUCACUUCCCCUCCCAUUGCCUUUCACUCUCUCCUGCUCACUCUCUUUCCCCCUGCUCACUCUCUUUCCCCCUGCUCACUCUCUUUCCCCCUGCUCACUCGCUUCCCCCCUGCUCAAUUUCUUUCCCCUGCUCAUUCUCUUUCCCUCUGCUCACUCCCCUUGUUCUAACCCCACUCUCCCCAUUUCUCACCCAUUUUCCCCCUUCACGCUCUCUUACCCCCUCUGCUCGCCCCUGUUUUCCCGGCUCACUCCUAUACUCACUCUCUCCCCCCCUGCUCACUCUCUCCCCCCCUGCUCACUCUCUCCCCCCCUGCUCACUCUCUUUCCCCCUUCUCACUCUCUUUCCCCCUUCUCACUCUCUUUCCCCCUUCUCACUCUCUUUCCCCCUUCACGCUCUCUUUCCCUCCCUUCCGCCCGUUGCCCCCCUUCGUCUCAUCGCCCUCCCUGCUGCUCGUCCCCUCGUAAUCCCCGUCUCUCUCUCCCCCCGUCGCCCUCACUUCCACUCGUCGUUGCCCGCGCCAUCCUGCCCUGCGCCCUGCCCAUCGCGCACACUUGUCACGCCCCCUUCCAACCCGCACAUACACCCUUCCCUUCUUCCCUGUUUCCCCGUAUCCCCUGCGCUGCUUUCCCCCAGCCUCCGACUUGCUCCCCCCAUCCCCUUCCCUGCUUCCCCCCAUCCCCUUCCCUGCUUCCCCCCAUCCCCUUCCCUCCUUCCGCCCGUGCCCUCCCCUGCCUCCCCCCAUCCCCUUCCCUGCUUCCCCCCAUCCCCUUCCCUGCUUCCCCCCAUCCCCUUCCCUGCUUCCCCCCGUCCCCUCCCCUACCUCCCCCCAUCCACUUCCCUGCUUCCCCCACCCCCUUCCCUGCUCCCCCCCAUCCCCUUCCCUGCUUUCCCCCUUCCCCUACCCUGCUUCCCCCCUCCCCUUCCCUCCUUCCCCCGUCCCCCUCCCAGCAUCCCCCCAUCCCCUUCCCUCCCCCCCAUCCCCUUCCCUCCCCCCCAUCCCCUUCCCGGCUUCCCCCCAUCCCCUUUCCUGCUUCCCCCCAUCCCCUUCCCUGCUUCCCCCCAUCCCCUUCCCUGCUUCCCCCCAUCCCCUUCCCUGAACAGAAAGGAGGUGAAAACUGUGGGGACAUGUCAGAACUUGCCCCGUUAUAAGCAGUUGAACAUGGGCCAACAUCAUAGACAUGCAAAUUAG